CCGGUCGUCGUAGAAGGCUAAAGAGCGCACGCAUCUCUAGCAACUCUCCAUUCACAUUCGACGAAAUAUUUACGAGUGGGUGCUUGGCGAGAUAAGGCGGAGAAGAAGAGGGAGAGCAACAUUUAUUAUUUCUCCUCUCUUCUUUUUUUCAUCAUUUUUAUUCCAUCGUUCAUGAAUAUGGUGAACGUAUGGUGCAGCACGCCUACUCAUUCUCAUCAACAAGUCGCUUCGUAGCAGAUUUAAUUCUGCAAAGAUCUAAUUGUCACCUUGACGACAUCGGGUCUCAUUUUAAGGUGCUUUAUAUUUAAUUAAAAAAAACGAUAAAAAUAUAGAUAUUUUAUAUUUAAAUACGUAUAUAUUUAGAGCUGUUUCUUAUUCGUAGAGCAAUAAUCUGUAAAAGGUGUCAUCUACAUUACUGUAAGAAUCAUCUCCUCACUUCAGUUCACGUAAUGUAAGCACUACAAAGGUUGUAAAAUUUAAUAAAUGUGUUUUCUAAGCUACUCCAUCCAGGAUACAGGAUGAGUGUACUGACGGCAGCGACAACUAUUGGAAGAGUCGCUAUGCCUGAACAAAGCAACGACUACAGGGUGGUAGUUUUUGGUGCUGGAGGAGUUGGAAAAAGCUCACUUGUUCUAAGGUUUGUGAAAGGGACCUUCAGAGAAUCCUAUAUACCAACUAUUGAAGACACAUAUCGUCAGGUAAUAAGUUGCAACAAGAACAUAUGCACUCUUCAAAUCACGGACACGACGGGUAGUCACCAAUUCCCUGCCAUGCAGAGACUGAACAUCUCCAAGGGACAUGCUUUUAUUCUUGUAUACGCUGUGACCUCCGCACAGUCUCUAGAAGAACUUCGUCCCAUCUUCGAGGUCAUCCAAGAAGUCAAAAGUGGAGACAUGGAGGGCAUUCCCAUCAUGCUUGUGGGUAACAAGUGUGACGAAGCCGAGUCUAGAGAGGUGCAAACGACGACUGGGCAGGAACAGGCGAAGAGAUGGAGCUGUGGUUUCAUGGAAACGUCUGCGAAGACCAACUGUAACGUAAAAGAACUCUUCCAGGAACUUUUAAACAUGGAAAAAAGGCGAAACGUGAGUCUUAACAUGGAUACGAGCAAGAAAAGAUCGCAGCUUCGCAAAGAGAAACUACAAGGAAAAUGUGUAAUAAUGUGAAUACAGAACAACGCACCAAAGGAGGCCUGAUUCGAAAAAUAAAUGACAGACCGAGCUAAUUCUCCCACUAAGUAUACGAGUUUUGUUUACUUAUACAAGUAUACGAAGUGCUUUUUUUUCUUCAUUUCAUCGUUUACGUGAGAACAACUUAUCGUCCCUGACUUCAUCUGUGAUUUAAGGCCCGUACUAAGCGAAAUAAACUGAGUUUAAAAGAAAAGAAAGAAAUCAACACUGUUGAAUGUCUUUUAAUUCGGAGGAUAUUUUGCAUUUUAUCAAAAAACAUUUUUAAGGGUAAGCUAUUCAAAAGACUCUAAACUUGUGAUUCGUUCUAUAAUUGUGGCCUUCGGUUCCAAGACCAUCAAAAAUUUUGCACGUCAUGUGAUUAUUUUUGUUUCUUUAAAAAUUUUCCAUUUCGAUUCAAGCCUUUUUAAUGGAGCUGCUUUCGAUAUGAGUCGAUUUAGAUACGUUAAUUUUGGUUUUUUAAAUAAAUAACUAUCUGCUUUAUUUUGUGGUUAUUCCUUAUCCAAAGGCAUUAUCAUAAAAAACGAAGAAUUUUCACUAUUUUUCUCUGAAAAUAGUUUUAACCAACCAGAGUUUGGUUUUUUAAAAAAACGAUAACAUUCUGCUGUGUUUUAAGGUUCUAAUUAAAAGUAGUUAAAAAAUAUGCUAAAAAAUUGUGAAAUUUUUUUCACAAUAAAAACGUUUUAUGAUUUUGCUAAGUGGUUUUGGAACCAAACACUUCAAUUAUUAUUCACUUUCCUUCGUCCACUUAAAAAGAAUUUACUUAAAAGCUUGUUAUUCCUCUCUCUCUCUCUCUCUCUUUCUCUCUCAUGAAAACUCUUAUAAAGGCAUGAAAAUGGCAUCAAUUUGUUUGCAAAAUGCUUUCUCAAAAUGGCUCAAAUACGGUUAGAGCUAGAUGAUAGUUACUAAGUAGGACUUUAUAAUAUUGCAGUUUCGUUAAAUAUUGGAGAAGAAAAAGUCUAUGAGUGGAAUAAGGAAUUAUAGCCAUAGUGGCCAAGAGUACUGUCUUUACCAUCAGCAGCAUUUUUUGUUGUUAUCAUUCUAACGAAGCAGCUUUGUAAGUGAGAUAAAUGUGUGAAGAAAAGCUGAAAGCCUUAUUAUUAAAGUAGAGCUUACAUAUUACUAUAUCUUCUAGAGCACAAAUGGGGACGCAGCUUUGUUAUCUCUCCGAUUCCUAGUUGGCUGUGACUUUUCUUUUGAUACUAUAUUUAAUCUUAAGAUAUCAACUAUUAGAAAUAUAAUAUUCUCUUAGAGCUAUUGAUGUAAAAGAAAAUCUAAAUAUAUCCUUGGUGCAUUUUAUUGUAUAUACUAACAUUUUUUCAUGACCGUACAUCGGAUUUGAAUAUUUAUAUUUUCAUAAAGACUUACAGAAAAGUGUUAUAUGUAAUCUAUCUAUUUAAGCUUACAAUAUUUUUCACCUGAAACCAUUUUAUCUUGUUUUUCUAAGUCGGAUGAGCCAAGAACAAGAAAACAUUAGUUCGGUCUGUCAUUAUGUGUUGUCUUCAUCAUAAAUAGACUGGAACUUGAUUGGUUACAGUAUGGUAGUUUAUCAUGUGUACAGCUUUCACUGUAAUAAGUAGUAUACAGUUAUAG